AUGGCAUCAUUGGCUAUCCAAAUGACCCCAAUCUCUCACCCAAAAGCUCACACUCAAUCUCGAAUCUCUCUCAUUCCCAAAUGCACCUCUCUCACACAACUCCAGCAAAUCCAAGCCUUUUCCAUCAAAACUCAUCUCCAAUAUGACCUCUCUGUCCUCAGCAAGCUCAUCAACUCCUGCACACUCAACCCAACUGCCACCUCCAUGGACUAUGCGCACCAGCUCUUCGACCAAAUUCCCCACCCGGACAUUGUCGUCUUCAACACCAUGGCGCGUGGUUACUCACGCUCCACCACCCCAUUUCGCGCCAUUUCACUCUUUUCACAGGUUCUGUCCUCAGGUAUCUUCCCAGAUGACUACACAUUCCCGGCUCUUCUCAAGGCCUGUGCCGCCUGCAAAGCCUUAGAAGAAGGGAAGCAGUUGCACUGCUAUGUUAUCAAAUGUGGAAUGCAACUUAACAUUUUUGUGUGUCCUGCUCUUAUAAAUAUGUACACUGAGUGCAGUGCUGUGGAUGUUGCUCGCCAGGUUUUUGAUAAGAUGCCGGAACCUUGUGUCGUCGUGCAUAAUGCUAUGAUCACAGGGUAUGCUAGAAAUAGUCGUCCCAAUGAGGCAUUGGCAUUGUUUCGAGAGUUGCAAGCGAGUGGUCUUAAGCCUACUGAUGUUACAAUGCUGAGUGCUCUUUCGUCGUGCGCAUUGUUAGGUGCAUUAGACUUGGGGAAGUGGAUACAUGAGUAUGUUAAGAAGAAUAGGUUUGAUAGAUAUGUUAAAGUGAACACUGCAUUGAUAGAUAUGUAUUCUAAGUGUGGGAGCCUGGAGGAUGCAGUGUCUGUGUUUGAGAACAUGAGUGUGAAAGAUACACAGGCUUGGUCUGCAAUGAUUGUGGCGUAUGCAACUCAUGGGAAUGUUUCCAAAGCUAUGUUGAUGUUUGAAGAAAUGAAGAGGGCACGAAUUCGACCUGAUGAGAUCACAUUUCUGGGUCUCUUAUAUGCGUGUAGUCAUGCCGGAUUGGUUGAGGAGGGUUGCAAGUAUUUCUACAGCAUGAGUGAGAAAUAUGGGAUUAUACCUAGGAUUAAGCAUUACGGUUGUAUGGUGGAUUUACUAGGUCGAUCUGGACGUUUAAGGGAGGCUUACAAGUUCAUAGAUGAGCUACCAAUUAAGCCUACGCCUAUAAUCUGGCGAACAUUGUUAUCUGCUUGUGCCAGUCAUGGAGAUGUCGACAUUGGCUUGCGGGUGCUUGAGCAAAUUUUUGAGUUGGAUGACUCUCAUGGUGGGGAUUAUGUGAUCAUAUCUAACUUGUGUGCAAGAGCCGGAAGAUGGGAGGAUGUUGAUUACUUGAGGAAACUGAUGAAAGACAGAGGUGUUGUAAAGAUUCCGGGGUGUAGCUCCAUAGAAAUGAAAAAUGUGGUGCAUGAAUUCUUCUCUGGGGAUGGCGAGCGUUCAGUUUCGAAAGUACUGCAUCAGGCAGUUGAUGAGUUGAUUGAAGAAUUAAAGCUGGCCGGAUAUGUUCCAGAUACAUCUCUAGUGUUUCAUUCUGACAUGGAUGAUAGAGAUAGAGAGCUUUCUCUUAGAUAUCAUAGUGAGAAAUUAGCCAUUACUUACGGGCUCUUAAACUCAGCUGCUGGGACAACAAUACGUGUUGUGAAGAACCUUAGGGUAUGUGGUGAUUGCCACUCUGCUGCUAAAUACAUAUCAUUGAUGUUUAAUAGACAGAUAGUUCUUAGAGAUGUUCAACGAUUCCAUCAUUUCAAAGACGGCAAGUGUUCCUGUGGGGACUAUUGGUAG